UAAUAUUGAGUCUCUAUAGCCGCUCUCUCUGUUUGGUUCCUUCGCGGUCUCGGUUCCUGCUGUCCAGAAGGUCGAUAUGUCCACGUCACAGAGGCUGGUUCUGGUUCUCGGGGGAGCCGGUACCGUUGGGUCAGGGAUUGUGAAAUGUCUUUUGGAGAAAGGGUUCCAGGUGGCCGUCAUCUCCAGAGAGACUUCCCGCUUGGAGAAGCUGAUGAGUUUUGUGCCGGCGCAGCACAGGGAGAGUCUUCACACCGUGGUCGGAAACGUGGGCUCGGAGCAGGGGGCGCAGGAGGCGGCAGCGGCUCUGGUCAGCAGAGUGGGAAAGGUGACCGAUGUGGUGUCCUCGCUGGGGUUCAGCUGGUGGCAAGGAGGUCCACCCCAUACACAGUCCUUACAGGAGCUGCAGAGGGUACGCAGGCAAUGAGACAUGCUUGUCCUGAGUCUUUAGAACUACAGCUGGAUACAAGCAGUGAACCACCACAUGAGCAUGGGGUGCUGGACACUCUGCUUCUCAGCACCUUCACCUCCUGGAAGGCCUUCUUUCCCUUGGUGAAAGAUGAUCCAAAUGGAACGUACACCUUUAUUACGGGGGGCGCUGGUGAACGUUUGCUUAUGCCCGGCACUGGAUUCCUAACCUUGGGCGCAGCAGGAGCCUUGGCGUUUUCUCAGGUGGUUCGUGAGGAGUAUCCGGAUAUUCCUUGUAAACUAAAUGAGGUAAAAAUCAACAUGGGAGUGGCUCCUCCCGAGCGUCUUGGACCUGGGUAUGUGAGUCACUUGGAGGUAGGAGAAGCAGUUGCGUCACUGGUGGAAAAACGGAGGGUGUCCCACACAGUGCUGUGCGCCAACUCCACCACCGACCUCAAGACACUUAUCUUAGAGGGAAAGGUGUGAGCUUUGGGAUAAGUUCCCGUGAAUGAAACCUGAAUCGUAUUCCAUGUGUGAACUGUAACAAACCCUUCCACCAUGAGCACGUGUACUGUGUCAUCACUCCUGCCCAGUAACAUCUUGGAGAACAUCAAGGCCUUCAUAAUUCUCCAUCUGCUUAGUUCCUGAACAAGUUCCUCCGAUCUACUUGGGGAGAGUUUUUAAGCUUCAUCCUUUGGAAACAUUCAAAGAGGUCCGUCUCUUGAGGGCACCACCAUUUUUUCCAGUGACCUGGGGACCAGAUUCUAAAUAGACAGUUCCUUGAAGAAGCUAUGACUGUACAGCAGUCCUAAUCUGGUCUACUGGGUGAUGAACUUCAGGAUGUGAAGUUUAUGAUGACGCGUUCUACAGCCCCUGUUUCGAUUUGCAGCCUGUGUUCUUAACACGUGAUCGUUUUGUUUUCGAUUUCUCUGGGAGUUUAAUAAUGAAGAGAUGAUUCCAUAAAUUCAUCCCCUGACCAUCUGUUGUAAUCUCUGAUGGCUCCUACAGACUACACCGCCCCCCACUUCCCUCACCAAUCCAAUCCCUGAUGGGCUGUUCUAUGUGAAUUCAAUAAAUACGUGAUGAAAUAA